CCCUUCUCUUUCCUUAAUCUUGUUGCCUUCUUAAAGUCGGUGUCUUUACAGCACAGUCGAUCAACCGUGACAGACCCGACAGCGUCGUAGAAGCUUAGGAAGGAGAAGAAAUCAAUCUGAGUUCAUUGCAUCGUCAAGAUGUCACUUCCAAUUGGCACAGUCGAUCAACCGUGACAGACCCGACAGCGUCGUAGAAGCUUAGGAAGGAGAAGAAAUCAAUCUGAGUUCAUUGCAUCGUCAAGAUGUCACUUCCAAUUGGAACAAUGGACUUAUCUACUCUGGAUCGUGGGCAGAUAACUCUGCUUGGUGCAUCAUUUUGUGUGGUGCUUACCUUGCAUUUCACAGUGAAGCUCCUGUCACAACAUCUAUUUUACUGGAAAAAUCCAAAGGAGCAGAAAGCCAUAAUAAUCAUUAUUCUUAUGGCUCCCAUCUAUGCUAUUGACUCCUUUGUUGGUUUGUUGGACAUACGUGGAAGCAAAGCAUUCUUCAUGUUUUUGGACUCAAUAAAAGAAUGUUAUGAAGCUCUGGUGAUUGCUAAGUUCUUGGCAUUGAUGUAUAGUUACUUGAACAUAUCCAUAAGCAAAAAUAUUGUACCAGAUGGAAUCAAAGGAAGAGAAAUUCACCAUUCCUUUCCAAUGACUCUUUUCCAGCCUCGUACAGUGCGGUUGGACCACCAGAGGCUAAAGCUCCUCAAAUAUUGGACAUGGCAAUUUGUUAUCAUCCGCCCAGUUUGUUCCAUCUUAAUGAUAGUACUGCAACUUCUUGGGAUCUACCCUUCUUGGUUAAGCUGGACAUUCACCAUCACACUAAACAUCUCAGUUUCAUUGGCCUUAUAUUCAUUGGUACUCUUUUACCAUGUCUUUGCAAAGGAACUAGCACCUCACAAUCCACUUGCAAAGUUCAUGUGCAUUAAGGGGAUUGUCUUCUUCUGCUUUUGGCAGGGAGUUGUGCUUGACAUACUAGCUGCAUUGGGUAUCAUUAAAUCUCAUCAUUAUUGGUUGGAUGUGGAACAUGUUGAGGAAGCCCUUCAAAAUGUUUUGGUCUGUCUAGAGAUGGUGGUCUUCUCUGUCCUCCAGCAAUAUGCAUACAAUGUGUCGCCUUACAGUAGAGAAGUUGAAUCAAAGUUCAAGCUGAAUGAGAAAAAUGAAUGAUGUAACCCCAGGAGAAGUACCAAAGGAUGCAUGUUCUUGCGAAAUGUUUCCCCUAGUUGCUUUCAUCCAUUGAUACUACAGAACAUGCCAUGGUGUUUGACAUGCAGGAGGCUCCCAGAAAUAGGAACAAUCAUAUAUUUAUUUCUUAAAGAGUAUUUUGAAGAUGAGCUGUACAUUACAAAAUGGUACAAUAUGUUAGAUUGCGCUCUCUAGCUUUAUCCAUAAACCCCAAGAACGAAGAUUUGAAUCUAUGAUCCUAGUUAUUCGAUUGAUUCGGCUCGCGGCCUUCACUUUUUUUUAAGAAUAAUGGUAAAUGAAAUUAAAAUUUAGAA